AUGUACCACAAAGGAUCGUGUGCCAGCUCACAGACAUCACCGAAUGCGAAUGUUUCCGUCAAAACCGCCGAAGACCCAGAUGGCGUGAUUCCGCCCCUCAAUGAGACUUCCGUGCGGGACCCCUUGAGAGAGGUUCUUGUCACGAGUUGA